AUGGCAUCAAUUGUGUAUCAAGGUCUACAAUCUUGCCUUGAACCUCAAGUAAUCGAAUCAUUUGUUCUCCGGCAAACCCUAUCUCCACCACCACCACCACCACCACCAAAGAUUCAAGAACCCCAAAACGGCGGAGAGAGAAACAGUGGGUGGAGUUUUCUUAAAGCUCUUGAAAACCCAUCAAUGGCUUCCAAGAAUUUUGAUGAAUCGGAUGAGGUGUAUGUACAUCCAAUGGUGAAACGCUCGGCUUCUGCAUUGAGUACAAAGAGCUUGGAAAUGUGUACGGAGAGUUUGGGAAGUGAAACAGGGAGUGACGUUAGUGAAAGUGGUGACGAAUUCUGUGCACUUGCAAUGGAGGAAAGAGAGAGGAUGAGGGGAAUUCAGAGGUCAAAGCACCAGAAUUUUGACCGCAAAAUACGCCGGAGUGACUUUCCUCCGCCCUUGACCUCCAUCAGCGGCUCCGACGGAACGGUUAAGGACUCUUCUGUAAAUUAUGAAAGUGAAAGGGUUGAAAUGGAACAAUACGAAGAAGGUGGUGAAAUGGAAUCAGAUGAAGAUGAAGAUGAUGAUGAUGAUGAGGUGGUGGUGGUGGCUGAAGCGGAAGAAGAGGAAGAGGAGGGUGGUGCUGGUGGUAGUUGGCGGUGGGACAUUGACGGAAACCGGUUGAAAGUCGCCGGAAACGGGGAGUUGCGAAGGCUAACAAGGUGCAAGGAGGGUGGAAAUGGGAACAAAGUGUUCGCAAACUGGGGUACCCGCUAUUGGGUGGCAAUUUCUUAA